AUGGAGGGCACCACGCCGCCGACCGUCACGCCGCCGAACGACACGCCCGAUGGCGUCUGGAUGCAUGGCCCCGUCCAGCUUGCCCGGGGCAGGGCCGCCAAAGACCCUCACGCUCAAACUACCACGUACAACGUCGCGUCCAUGGACGACUUCGAGACGUCGUUGCGCCAGUAUCUGGCUAGCCCUCCCGAGCAGCCCGAACACGCCGAGUGCCAGCUGUCCUUCUGGAUAGGGACCAGCUUCAUGGUCUCGAUGACUCCCAGUCAGCAACAACAGCAACAGCAAUCGUCCCAAGCCCCCCCUCCUCCUCCACUGCCUCAACAGACACAACAAGCCCCCCAAGGUUACCAACCCGCCGCUGGUCUCGAUGGCGCUUAUGGACCUGCAAACAACGCGUUAAUGCCUCCUCCGCAGCCGACGCAGCACAUAUCCAACCCUUCCACAGCCUUGGCCAUACCACAAGCCUCAGGGCAGAAGACCAGCUUGAGCAUACUCGAGGCGUUGAGUCCGACAAACGAUCCCAAGGAGAAGAUGAGAAAGCAGAGAGCUAUUGCCAAGACGUGUGUCGAGUCCAUACAAAGGACGGACGGAUACAGGUACAGUUUUCACAACUGCUGGAACAGCAGAGAGGAUGACAGCUUCCGCUUCUCAUACUAUUGCAACGACUCCUUGUUGAAUAAAGAUCGUGCUGCCAAUGGAAAAGGCGCCAAGUUUGGUAAGAGGGCUACGAAACCCGUCUACGACUGCAGAGGCGUACUUUCCGUGAAAUUCUCGGCCGUGAAACAGACGUUGGAUGUUUUCUACAAGCAUAUCCCCAUACACAAGACGUAUGAAGAGAGAGCCCCCCCGCCACGCAAGGAUUCCAAGCGGAGGAAAUUUUUGGAGGUCCACAAUCCUGAAGCUCUGGCUAGAAUCGAGCAAAACCGAAAAGAGAGGCCGCCGCCUGAUCCCAACGCACCUCUGAAACCAAAGAGAAAGAGACCUAAGAAGAAUGACGAGGCACAGAAGCAGACUGCGGCCAACUCCAUCGAAAGUGACUUGAGAGCACAGAGUCUUCGGUCUCUCCUGGAAUUGAUUCGUCCUGAUGACGCACCUGGUAUCAUUCCAGAAGAACCCCAGCCGAGCAAUCAGCCACAGCCACAGCCUCAGCCCCAACCCCAGCCGCAGCAACAUCAACAGCAACAGCCACAGAGGAGGGCAAGACAGGUUUGCGAUAUGUGCAAGGUCAAGAAAACAAAAUGCGACGGUCUCCAUCCAGCUUGCAAGUCCUGCGAAGAUAAGGGUCGCCCAUGCAAUUAUUCAGACCGCACACCAGAUGAGAUUCGUCAACUACAUCCAGAGCUCGUCAACAAAGCCCCCCGAAGGCAAAGCACCCAAGCACCUCGAGAAAGCGCAGGCCCUCAGUCUGGCAUGUCAGAGCUAGAAAAACUCAAAGCAGAACUUGCGGCAGCCAAAUCCCGGAUUGGUCAGCUAGAAGCCGAGAAGAGUCGUCCUGGCAGUGAGACGAAUACACCAGCGCGCACGACGCAGCCAGAGCAUUCGAAUGCCAACCAACCGGCCCCACCGCAGCAAAUGCACACGCAUUAUCAACCCGCGCAGGUGUAUCCCCCCCCUCAUCACCCGUCUUACACGCCCAUGAAUCGUCCUGUGCAGGCCCAAGCUGUCCCGCAGCCAACUCAGUCACCAGUCAAUCAGCAACUCCAUACCCCGACUUCGGCCAUAACGGCUGGUACGGAAAGCGAUCCAUAUGGACGAGCGGCAGACGUCCGCUGGGCUCCAUUCUUUAGUUUUCAACCGCAGACCACUAUGACAACACAGCCACAGCCACAGCCACAGCAUGAUCAAUGGGGUCACGCAGCUAGAAAUUCUGGCGUAUAUCGUGCUCCCAUGAAUUAG